AUGCAAAAGGUGCGGGACAUGAAGCGAACCGGCGUGUACCGCGUGAGCGGCAACAUUGGAGACUUCCAGUUGGAGGUGAGGCUGCGCCACAUCAGCGAAUGGCUGCCGGUGCCCAAGUUCGAGUAUGCAGGCGCCCAGGUCAACGCCGCCACCAGCAGUAGUGGCGGCGGCGGCGGCGGCGGUGGCGAUCACUAUCCGGAUUUGGAGGAGACGGAACCCUGGUCGGACUGCCGCAUAUAUCUGCCGCAGGGUGACGACUCCUACGGCGUAGAAAACCGACUAGGCUACUACACUAGUUACAACGACGGAGAAACGGUUGCCCGCUGGCAACGCAGGAGCCCCGCAUCUCUGCAGGCCUUAGAAAAUGGAGCCUCCCAAAAUGCACUACAGGAGGGAGUAGAAAAGGUAGCAGGCGCGGAGGAGGAGCAGGAACAGCGUAGCAAUCGGAGCAUUAGGGACUUCACAUGGAGCAUCCUAAGCGAGAGGAACAGUCAAAAUCCAACCGAGGAUCUGUUUUACGAUCGAAACCGGGAGCUGUGCAACGGCCGCAUUGCCACCAUACGCAUCGCCUGGCAGCAGAAGUUCUUAAGCCAUUCGGAGGUCGAACGCCACUUGCCGGAUCCCGGUAGCUGCGCAACCAAGCUGCAGAAACGCUAUCACACCUGGGCACUGGAGACGUGGGAGCUGCAGCAGCUGCAUCUCCGUAAGCUGGCGUUGGCCAGGCAGGAACAGGAGCAGGAAGAGGACCAGGAUCAGACCAGAGUCCGCCGCCGGGUGCGAAAUCACGACGUAAACAGUGGACCCAAACCACCGGCACACGGCCUGUCCUCGGCCAGCAUGUCGGAGCUAUCAUUUGACGAUCCUCACUUCGCUGCCCGAACCUGUCUUAUCCACACUCUGGUCGAUGGCGAUGCGGAGGAUUUGUUGCCACCGGAAGCCCGGCAGCUGCAUCUCGAGGGUCAGCAGUUGAUGUACGUUUACGCGGACCUCCCCAAGGACACUCUUCUUGUGAGCAUUCGCUACGAUCCCGACCAGGGGCUGCUCUACGUGUACCCGGACUUCAGCAGCAGUGCCCGCGACCUGGACUACAUGGUGCAGAUCGAGCGGGACAACGACUGUCGGCAGUUGUAUGCCUAUGGCUUUGAGAACACCACUCCGCUGGAGCCGCUCCUCGAGGAGCAGCCACGGCCAGAGGAUGGGGAAGAGCAGGCUGACGAUGAGGAACAAUAUGAGGACACGGAGCAAGAGCUUCCCGAAGAUGCCACUGGGCUGGAGCUCAUUGAAUACUACCACAUGCUGCGCCUGGUCGCCAGUGAGCUGCGUAACCCGAUGCACUUUGAGUUGCCGCCAAAGCGAAUGAGACGGGUGUGCCUGCUCUUGGAGCUGCAGACGGCACAGUACUUUCAGAACCCCAACGUCCACGUGCGGUACCACAUCCAGCUGCCGCCCAACACGUUAUGGGAGGCGCCGGCUGGCGAGGACCCGCUGCGCGGAGCCACGGCCACUUGCCGGAAUGCCGGAGACUGGCGCAUGGCCAACCUGGGUCACUGCUGGCAGCUGACGCUGCUUUGCGAGGAGCAACACCAGCCUGACCAGCAGCUGCUUCACCUCUACUUCGAGGUGGUAAGCAUAGACAGCUGGCAGCGGGAGCGCUGUGAGGGCUAUGCCCACUAUUCCCUGCCGCUGAUCGCGCCCCUGCCCACGGAGUCCAUUCGGUUGCAGUGCAUCCGGCCGCUGGGUAGCUGGCUGGACGCCCUCAAUCGUUACUUUAUCGGUGGCCGCCAACUGUUUGAUUUUGUGUCCUACUUCGAUGUGCAGCAACAGUCCACGGAGGUGCAUUCCCGUCUAGAUUCGAAUACCAACAUGGCUAUGCGGAGCACGGGAUCACUUUCGCUUCGGAUGCAGAAGCUCCAGCAGAGACAGAUUGAGACUGCCGGCCAGCUGCUACACCUGGAACUGGGUGACAGCGAUGAUGGCGGCGGUGGCCGUAGCAGUGACGAGGCGGAGGCCAAGUCUCCGAAUGAGGAGGCGGCCAGGGCCACCACCUUGGAGGAGGUAAUGGCCGCAUAUGUGGAAGCUCGGCAGCGAAUCGAGUCGCUGCUUCGCACCAUUGCGGAUACAUGA